UUGCUAUGAGCAACUGGCUUCAUUGUAAAAUACACUAGGUGCUGUUUCUCCCUCAGGUCCUGGACCAGUGACACACCUUAAAUUUGGGGGACAUCUGGAUGCGUCAACAGAGACGAGUCUCAGCAUUGUCCAUAAGAAAAGUCCAAGCAUAUGGAACACCAGAUGAUGAGCACUGAACCCAACGAAACACUGACAACAUUGGCUAAUACCACUUUAGCUCCCAAAACCGGAUGUAUAGACCAGAGAAAUUUUGAAUGGAUAUUUACCUACCAGCCCCCCUACAUGUGGUUCAUCUUUGUUUUGGGCUUCAUAGAAAACUUGUUUGUCAUCUCCAUCUUUGUCCUCCAUAAGAGUCGCUGCACAGUGACUGAGAUCUACCUGGGGAAUAUGGCGGCUGCCGAUCUGAUUUUUGUUAGCAGCCUACCAUUCAGGGCUAUAUAUAUGUCCAGCAAGUACUAUUGGCCAUUUGGAGGCUUCAUGUGUGUAGCCAUCUUCUCUUUGUUUCUUCUCAACCUUUACAGCAGCAUUUACCUCCUUAUGAUGGUCAGUAUAGAGAGAUAUCUGGCUCUGGUGAAGCCCAUGUCCGUUAGUUGGCUAAAAAGUCCUAGGCAGGCAAAGGUGAACUGUGGGAUCAUCUGGAUGUUUGCAGUUGGGUUAUGUCUGCCGAACAUGGUGUUCCGAAAGGUGAAGUUUAACGAAAAAUCUAAUGCCACUGUCUGCAUUUCAGACAGAUCAUCUACAAACUGGUUUGCUGCCACAGAUAUCAUCAUAAAUGUCCUCGGCUUCUUAGUGCCUCUGGUUGUCACCUCCUUCUGCACAUCUCAAAUCAUUCAUGUUUUAAGGAACAAUUCAAGGAAACUGUUCAAGAAAGACAACAAGGAAAGAAAAGCCAUAUGGCUGGUCUUGUCCGUGUUUUUGGUCUUCAUAGUGUGCUGGCUUCCCUUAAAUAUUUCCACCUUUAUUUACACAUUGCACGAAUUCAAAGUCUUCCUUCCAUGUAUGGUGAAAUCCAUCAAUUCUAUUGUUUAUAAUAUGUCUAUAUAUCUUGUCUACAGUAACAGCUGUAUCAAUCCGGUCAUAUACAGUAUGCUUGGGAAUCAGUUUAGGCAAAAAGUCAGAGAAGUCUUCAGGAGGCUUCUAUGUAAAGGACCUGACAGACAGAGGUCAUCAAUUAUGACGGAUGAAUCGGUGCACUGAACAUAGAUUUCUUCCUCCAUGGGAUCAUACAAGAAGAACUCAACUGCUUAAAUCUACAAUAGUUAAUUUUGUUCUUCUCUGCAUCAUAAUCAGCCACAGGGCUUCACCAAUAAAAAGUCCAGGGCACCACAGCAAGAAUGUGCAAAACAUACAUUGUAUUAAAACACUUCACCAACAUUAAGUAGCAGUGAGUGUAGACUUCUCACAAAUAUAUGGACCAGACGGUGAAAUAAUAUUAUUGGUCAGCAGCAUUAACCCCAAGAGCUGUACCGGC